GCUGUAGAAAACAAGGCUUUCGGCCUCACUCAGUCACCCCGCCAGAACCCCCCAAAAUAAUAAUUAAAUUAAACCAUAAAAUCCUUCCAAUAUAUUUACAGAAAAGAAAACCAAACAAAAGGGCAAAAGGCUGUUGAAAUCCUAAUCAAGUUAAAGCGCUUCACCCAGCUUAAUCAGAAGAAGUCUAUGGGGCAGACUGAGGACACGACUCUUGAGGAUACGCACAAUAAAGAAGAUGAUUUUGAUGAUGAAGACGAUAGUGACGGGGACCUUUUAGAAAGAUAUACGUCGGUUGAUCACUGGUUUUGCAUCAACUGUACCAUGGUGAAUGUUGAUGCUACUAUAUAUUGCCAAAUUUGUGGAGAGCACAAAAAAUCUGGAAUCCUUAGUCAUGGCUUUCUGGCGUCACGUUAUCAUGAGGCAAGCUCUAUUAAGAAUAUUUCGUUGCAACGAAAUAGGACUCCAGAAGCUUCUUGCUCAAAAACGUUAGCGCCACAUAAAAUGACAGCAGUGGGUUUUGAUGAGAGGAUGUUGCUUCACUUUGAAGUUGAAAGGAAGUCUCUACCUCACUCAGAAAGGCCAGACCGUCUUCGAGCAAUUGCUGCCAGCCUUGCAACAGCAGGCAUAUUUCCUGGAAGGUGCCACCCGAUUCCAGCUAGAGAAAUUACACGAGAAGAACUCCAGAUGGUCCACUCUGAUGAAAACAUUGAAUUUGUUGAACGUACAAGCCAAUGUGUGGCUGGUUAUUUCACCACUGAUACUUAUGCAAAUAAAGAUUCUGCACUUGCUGCAAGACUUGCAGCAGGAUUAUGUGCUGAUCUUGCUAAUUUAAUAUUUUCGGGUCGUGCAAAAAACGGGUUUGCUCUGGUGCGUCCUCCUGGUCAUCAUGCUGGUGUAAAACAGGCAACAGGGUACUGCCUUCACAACAAUGCAGCAGUUGCUGCAUCAGCUGCUCAAGUUGCAGGAGCUAAGAAAGUGUUGAUUGUGGAUUGGGAUGUACACCAUGGAAAUGGCACUCAAGAAAUAUUUGAGCAGAACAAAUCGGUGUUGUAUAUAUCCUUGCAUAGACAUGAAGGUGGAAAGUUCUAUCCGUUUACUGGUGCUGCCACUGAGGUUGGUUCCAUGGGUGGAGAAGGGUACUGUGUAAAUGUUCCAUGGAGUCGAGGAGGGGUUGGAGAUAAUGAUUAUAUAUUUGCGUUUGAACAUGUUGUGCUUCCAAUAGCUCGUGAGUUUGCCCCUGAUAUCACAAUAAUUUCAGCUGGAUUUGAUGCAGCAAAGGGCGAUAUCCUUGGAUGCUGUGAUGUGACUCCUGCUGGGUAUGCACAGAUGACUAAAAUGCUGACUUCUUUAUCCAGUGGAAAGUUGCUUGUUAUCCUUGAGGGCGGCUAUAAUCUUCGCUCAAUAUCAUCAUCAGCUACAGCAGUCAUCAAGGUUUUGCUUGGUGAAAACCCUGCAAGCAUAUUGGAAAAUGUUGUACCUUCUAGAUCUGGACUUCAAACUGUUCUUGAUGUUUUGAAGAUCCAGAACGAUUUCUGGCCUAUUUUGGGAUCCAUCCUUUCAGAUGUGCAAACAGUAUGGGAAUCAAAUGCUUUGCAGGAAAUAAGAGAUGCUGUGAGUCAUAAGGAAAGUUCAAAAAGAAAAGUCGAUGAAACAGGGAUUCCUCGUCCACAGAAACCAAAGAAAGCACAGGGUUUAAAAGGCAUUGAGUUGAGAGAGCCUACGGGUGGGGCAUAUAGGUGUCGGGAUGAUGGUAAUGAGAAUGUGGGCAUGGAUCCUGGGAGGGCUAAAGGAAUGAAGGGCAUUCACAAGCUUCCAGGCUUUGAUUCAGAAGCUGUCAAAGAUGUGCACAGCGGCUUCUCUUUUGAAGAAGCGACCAGAGGCUUUCAGGGCAAAAAAACUUCUCCCAAUUUUACAGAGAGACCCAUCGAUAUAUCUGAUCACCCUAUGUAUUCUCCUCCGUUUAGAAAAGUAUAUAACAGUUUGUUGGAUUUAGUAGGGGAGAGAAGGGAUUAUGUGGAGAAUGUUAUGAUUCCGGGAAAGCUCCGUGAAGUGAUGAUGAUGACUGACGAAACCUUUAAAGAUCACGUCAACAAAUCUAUGAUUCAGAUGAUCUCUGUACAGGAUGAGUUUGUGAAGCGAUUGAAGCUGUCUGAUGAAGACAAUAAUCGUUUACUUUUAGAAAACAAUAUUUUGAAGAAGAAAAUUAAGAGAUUGAAGGAAAGUAAGAACGUUGAGUUUCAAGAGCAGCGGUUUAAAGAGCUUCAGACUGCCUUGAUGCUUGAAGAAAAGAAGAAAGAUAUGGCUGAGUCUAAGUUGAGAGUGGUGCGCCAAAAGGUGGAUGCGCUGGCUUCAGAAAGAGAUGAGUGGAGGCGUCGAUGUGAAGAGUGGGAGGUUAAGGUAGAGAGGUUUGCACUGGAUAUGGUCGCAAUUGGGGAGAGGGAAAAUGGUUUGAAAGUCAGGAAUAAGGAAUUGGAAUUAUCUAUGAAAAAGUUGUCGGAGGAGGAGGAAAAGGUUACACGAGACCGAAAGUCCCUUGUGGAGGGUCUUACUAAGUUGGCAGGCUACACUCACAAGUCUCUGGAGGAGCUUAGAGCUGCCGGUGAGCGCUUAGAGGAGAAAAAUUGACUUUAUUUCUCAGUUGGCUGCCAGUUUGGAGCUUCCUGCAGAAGAGCUGCUUCAGAUCGAUCAUGCACCCUUUCCUCAAGACCAAACUUGAUUUCUUCCCUCUUGUGACAUGUUUUUAAUUUGGAAAAUUUGUGUUUAUAGCCUUUGUUGGCUUUUUGAAGAACAACAUAUGUUCAUAGUCUCUGCUGGCAAUUUAAACAAUGUAUGUUUGCAGGUUGACUUUUU